AUGAAUAUAUUACAAGGCGUUGUAAUACUUGUUGGUACAUAUUUUAAAUACAGCAAUGCAUUAAGCAUAGGAGACUGUGUAUGCGUAGAUGGAGCAUCAACGGGAUAUCUGCAGAAGGAGAUGGGCAUGGGGCUUGGUGCAGGGUUCUCUGGCAUGUCAGGAUUAUCUGGGAUGGGAGGAGCUGCCCAGACAGGUGGAAUGACACAGCAGAUAGGGGAGAUAUGCACAUGCACGCCAGUUUCCAUUACAGUGCCAGCACCAAGCAUGGCAGCCAUAGAUGCCAGUUCAAUUGUGCAGCAGUAUGCACAGCCAGCUGUAGCCCAGCAGGUUGUAGCACAGCCAGCAAUGAGCCAGAUGGUUAUGCAGCCAGCCAUGGCAGCAUCACAGGCAGCAGUAGGCCAGGUAGUAAUGCAAGCAGCCCCGCAGCCAGCAAUGAGCCAGGUAGUAAUGCAGCCAGCCAUGGCAGCAGCACAGCAGUCAGUAGGCCAGGUAGUAAUGCAAGCAGCACCACAGGCAGCAGUAGGUCAAGUGGUUAUGCAGGCAGCACCACAGGCAGCAAUGAGCCAGGUAGUUAUGCAGCCAGCCAUGGCAGGGCAGAUGGUUGCUGUGGCAGGUGGCCAAGCAGCAAUGGCAGGCAUGCAAGCACAGCAGCUAAGAAAGAUAAGAAAGAGUGAAAUGGUGCUGCAUGCAGCAGAAGCAGCCAGUAUAAACAGUGCAACCCAGGCAAGCAGAAUUGCAAAAGCAGCCAUGGCUGUAACAGAAAUAGGUGCAAAGGAAGCAGCGCAUGCAAAGGACAUGGCAGCAAUUGCGCACCUAGCAAGAGUUGAGCACCAGCAAAAUACAUCACAAGCCAUGCGUAACUACGAAGCCAUGCAGAGAAUGAACUACCCUACGCAGCUAGUUAGGUCUAUAGUUCCUGUGUCAGCUGGCUCCAUAGCCGUGCAGGCUCCUGCAGCUACAGCAGUAGCAGUGCCUGCGCAAAUUGCAAUGGCAGGCUUGGGGGCAGGAGCAGGAGCAGGCGGCCUGGUAGCAGGCGGAGGAGUGUCUGUUAUGAAGAGUGCACCUAUGAUGUACGGUGUGGUGGGUGGUGGUACUGAAGGGGUUCAGUGUAUCUGUCCCCCAAUCUACAACCAAGCACAGGAAGAGUCUCUGGGAGAAGCAUCAGCAGAUAAUGGGUUUGGUGCACGGCUGGCUGCAGGCUUGGCGUCGCAGAUUCUAUCUGAAGCGUACAGCACAAAUAAAACAUCUGAUUCGGAUAUAAUGUGUGUAGAGCUGAUAAAGUCAAUGCAAAAUGCAGCAAACCUAAGGCAGCAAGUGGCAGAAGGCAGGCUUUCAUACUGUUUGAAUGAGAUAGGCAAAUCCAGCUCACUCUCUUCAAUGCUUGCAGAGAACCGUCUGUGCUAUUGUUAA